AGCACCCGCCAGAAGCCAGAACUGCAAAUCUCUCCAUCCAGCCAGCCAGCUCUAGCAAUUCGUCAAUGGAAAGUGCACAAAGAAGACUGGCAUCUCUCACUUGUCAUCUGGAACCAGUUCAUUCAGGUCCGAUCAACGGCGCUUCAAUCGGUCUCUCUAAUUGUAUUUCCGUAACAGACGACAGCUACAACCGUGUUCACGGCGAAGUUCCUUCGCACAAACCUGUCUGGCAGAAUAUCCCUUUCGACGAAACUGGCAAGCCGUGGUCUGACAUUAUCUACGAGAAAACUGAAGGAGAAGGCAUCGCCAAGCUUACUAUCAACAGGCCAGAGAAGAGAAACGCUUUCCGUCCGCAGACAAUUAAGGAGCUUUCGCGCGCGUUAAACGAUGCUAGGGAUGAUAUUAGGAUUGGAGUAAUCAUCUUGACUGGAAUGGGAAAUGAUGCAUUUUGCAGUGGUGGGGAUCAGAAUAUGAGAAGCAAGGAAGGUUAUGUGGAUUAUGACAACUUUGGCCGAUUGAAUGUUUUAGAUUUACAGAUUCAAAUGAGGCGUUGCCCCAAGCCCAUCAUUGCUAUGGUGGCUGGCUAUGCAGUUGGAGGAGGGCACAUAUUGCAUAUGUGUUCUGAUAUCACUAUUGCUGCAGAUAAUGCCGUUUUUGGACAAACAGGACCAAAGGUUGGAAGCUUUGAUGGUGGUUAUGGAAGCACCAUAAUGUCCCGUUUGAUUGGACCCAAAAAGGCACGUGAAAUGUGGUUCUUGUCACGGUUCUACAAUGCUGUUGAAGCAGAGAAGAUGGGACUAGUGAACAUUGUUGUCCCACUCGAGAAAUUGGAGGAGACAACAAUUAAGUGGUGCAGAGAGAUCAACAGAAAUAGCCCGACAGCAAUUCGUGUUAUCAAAUCUGCUAUUAAUGCUGCAGAUGAUGGACAUGCUGGUAUCCAGGAACUUGCUGGAAAUGCUACGCUGAUAUUUUAUGGAACCGAGGAAGGUGAUGAGGGAAGGAAAUCAUUUGUUGAACACAGACGCCCAGAUUUCUCCAAAUUCCCUCGUCUUCCUUGAUUUCAUGACCAUCAUUCACAGUUCUAUGUAUUCUGUGUACUAUAAGGGUGAGUAAAUGUCGGAUAAAGACAAAUGCAUUAUCCUUUUCAAGUAUAUUAAUUAUUGUCAAAAUGUUGGUUGUCUGUGGAUCAUUGUAACAUCUGAAAGGAUAAUUUAAUUCUUUAUAAUAAUUUGGUUUAUUCAUAA